AUGGAGAGGAGGAGUUUGGAAGAUAGAGCCAAGGGACUUAGAGAGCUCGACAUUAAUACCGACACCUUACCAAUAAAACGUGCUUUAGGAGUCAGCUGGUAUGUUGAGGUGGACUGCUUCCAAUUUAAAAUAGAACUCAAAGACAAACCCUUAUCUCGCAGGGGAAUUCUCUCAACAAUAAGCUCAAUAUGCGAUCUACUUUGGUUCGCAGCUCCAGUAGUUUUAGUGGAAAAGAUUAUUCUACAAGAGUUAUGCAGAUCCAAAGUUGACUGGGAUGAUCCAGUACCAGAUAGUCUGAGACCCAGAUGGGAGAAGUGGAGAAACGAGAUUCACCUACUAGGAGACCUGCAAAUAAAUCGAUGUCUUAAACCAACAAACUUUGGUGAAGUUAAAGCUAUAGAGCUUUAUCAUUUUUCAGAUGCAUGUGAAGUAGGUUACGGCCAAUGUACAUACGUCCGCAUGUUGAACCAAAAUUCCUUCCUCAUUGGAAAGGCUCGAGUUACACCUGCCAAUAAGAUGAUCACAAUACCCAGAUUAGAACUGGCUGCAGCUGUUGUAUCAGCUAAAAUAAGUGAUCUUGUGAAAAGAGAACUACGGUACGAACAUUUGAAAGAAUUCUUCUGGGUGGAUAGCAAGGUAGUUCUCGGAUACAUAAACAACGAAAAGCAAGAGAUUCCAUGUGUAUGUAGCUAA